GCUGUAUCGCUGGAUUGUGGGGUUGCGGAAGAUUUGCUAGAUCGGACUGAGUUGUCCACACGCGCAGGGGGGGUUCGGGGGGAGUCGCGCGGCCGGCGAGCAAUUGGAGUGACAGAGUGAGUAACGGCCAUGGACUCGGAUGAGGGCUACAACUAUGACGAGUUUGAUGAGGAAGAGGAGGAGUGUAGCGAGGACAGCGUUGAGGAGGAACCCGAGGAUGACAACCUGGAGCUUGGUGAAGAAGUUGAGUUGGUGGAACCUGGUUUGGGUGUCGGUGAAGAGCGGGACGGCCUUUGCGUUGACACGGGCGUCAGCGCCUUGGGGCCCGGACACGAAGAGGACGAUUACCGCUAUGAAGUACUGACUGCGGAGCAGAUUUUGCAGCACAUGGUGGAGUGUAUCCGUGAGGUCAAUGAGGUCAUCCAGAACCCAGCAACUAUAACACGAAUACUUCUCAGUCAUUUCAACUGGGACAAGGAAAAGUUAAUGGAGAGGUACUUUGACGGAAACUUGGAAAAGUUGUUUUCAGAAUGUCAUGUAAUAAAUCCUAGUAAAAAAUCCAGAACACGCCCAAUGAGCACGAGGUCUUCUGCACUGGACAUGCCAUGUCAAAUAUGCUACCUGAAUUACCCCAACUCGUACUUUACUGGUUUGGAGUGUGGACACAAGUUUUGUAUGCAGUGUUGGGGUGAAUAUUUAACCACCAAAAUCAUAGAGGAAGGCAUGGGACAGACAAUUUCUUGCCCUGCACAUGGCUGUGAUAUCUUAGUUGAUGACAACACAGUUAUGCGUUUGAUAACAGAUUCAAAAGUUAAAUUGAAGUAUCAACAUUUAAUAACAAAUAGUUUUGUAGAGUGCAACAGACUAUUAAAAUGGUGUCCUGCUCCUGAUUGCCACCAUGUGGUGAAAGUACAGUAUCCAGAUGCAAAGCCUGUUAGAUGCAAAUGUGGGCGACAGUUUUGCUUCAACUGUGGGGAGAAUUGGCAUGAUCCUGUUAAAUGCAAGUGGUUGAAAAAGUGGAUUAAAAAAUGUGAUGAUGAUAGCGAAACUUCAAAUUGGAUUGCAGCGAACACUAAGGAAUGCCCCAAGUGUCAUGUAACCAUUGAAAAAGAUGGUGGAUGCAAUCACAUGGUAUGUCGUAAUCAGAACUGUAAAGCAGAGUUUUGCUGGGUGUGUCUUGGUCCCUGGGAACCACAUGGAUCUGCCUGGUACAACUGUAACCGUUACAAUGAAGAUGACGCAAAAGCAGCAAGAGAUGCACAAGAGCGUUCACGAGCAGCUCUACAGAGGUAUCUGUUCUACUGCAACCGUUACAUGAAUCACAUGCAGAGCUUACGAUUUGAGCACAAACUGUAUGCGCAGGUCAAGCAAAAGAUGGAAGAAAUGCAGCAGCACAAUAUGUCAUGGAUUGAAGUGCAGUUCCUAAAGAAAGCUGUUGAUGUCCUCUGCCAGUGCCGUGCCACACUAAUGUAUACUUACGUGUUUGCCUUCUACCUCAAAAAGAACAACCAGUCCAUUAUAUUUGAGAACAAUCAAGCAGACCUAGAAAAUGCUACUGAAGUGUUGUCGGGGUAUUUGGAGAGAGAUAUUUCCCAAGAUUCACUUCAAGACAUCAAACAGAAAGUACAGGAUAAAUAUAGGUACUGUGAGAGUCGACGAAGGGUAUUACUCCUGCACGUGCAUGAAGGCUAUGAAAAAGAUUUAUGGGAAUAUAUUGAGGAUUGAGAGCAACAGACUUUUUAAAAUGAACUCUCACUAAAACAAAUUUACCAACUACAUCGCUGAUGCAAUUUAAAAAAAAAAAAAAAAAGUUGAUAAGCCUGUUCUCACACUGCUGGUUUCUACUGCCGGAAUACCCUCUCCCACUCAGUGUCAUAUUCUUUCUUUACUUAGCAUCUCUGCUGCUCAUUGAGGACCCCCCCCCUUUUGAUCAUAUGCCUUCUCAGCCUUUUUCUUUUGUUAAGGAAGCGUUGAAGUAAAUUAUUGUAAUAAAAUGGUAAAGUGACUACAGUUGUACAGCAGUAUUGUAGAGGCUGGCACAAAGGACUAUGAAAUGGCCUCCAACUUUAACAAGACUUCACUUUCAGCACUGAAAAUUCUAUUUUUUUAGUCUUUUCUUUUGUUCUUCCUUUCACUUUCUUUCCUCCUUUCUGUCUUUUCAUAAUAUAAAUCAAAUCUGAACAGGUGUUUGACACUGCUUCUUGUGUCCAACCAGCCAUUGAAAUGUAUGUUUUUUUUCUAUUUGAUGAUGAAUGUCAGUUGGCUUAUUGUAAGAUGGACUUCUAGCAGGGGGUCAGGGGACAUUACAGAAACAUUUGUAUAUGACUUUUAAAAAACAAAAAGGACACAGUAUUUUUCAAAAUUGUAUAUAACGCAUAUGCAUGGAAGAGUAAGAGCAAGCGUGGCACGUGUUUGCAUAAUGUUUAAUUACAGAAAAAUAUUUAUUCUUUAAAAAUUCUCAAGGCAGUGCCUCUA